AUGCUUCCUCCUAUGAAAGCUCAUAUCGAAAGCCUUCUCCGAGCAUCAAAGCAAUUGCUAACUUUGCUCAUUUAUCCGCCUAAAGAUCUUUCUGUUGACCGAGGGAAAUUGAGUGAUAUAGUUACUUGCAUUGAAGGUCUUAUUGCUGAGGUAGCAUCUGUUGCUUACUCUUUCUUCAUUGACAAAGCAGGAGAAGUUACCUUUGUAUGCUUUGACUUAUUAAAAAAUAUUGACUGUGUCAUGGAAGACCUAAAAGAAGUGAUUAUGAAAGCUCCAUUGUCAUCAAAAAGGAAUUUGCCCAGGACAAAUGGAUUAGGCUUUAUUGACUCCCUCUUACGCUAUUUGAAAGAGUUGCAAGAUGGAAAGUAUGAUUCUGUUAUCAAACAUCUUAUUGCAGAAGCCCAGGAGGAGUUAUCUCUCUUGUUGGAGAAAGUUGUGAAGAAAAAACAUGACUUUGAGGAGAGUUGGGAACUCUUGCAAAUUAAGUUGUUCAACGAUCAAACUUGCCCGUCAGAACUACGUGAGGUAGGAUGUCAAAUUGCAAGAGAGUGUCAAGGAAUACCUCUCCUGGUGAUUUUGGUAGCUGGUGUUUUGAUGAAAAAAGAGGAAAAUUGGAGAAAAUUUGCAGAAAGUAUAAAUUCAGAUGCUGACAUUAGGGCAAAGUCCCAAGAUAUAAUAGAAUUGAGCUACAAGUACUUGCCAGAUUAUCUCAAACCUUGCCUUCUAUAUUUUGCAUCAUUUCGAAAGGAUGAAGAAAUUCCAUUCUCAAACUUCGUAUGGUUAUGGACUAUUGAGGGAUUUGUUCUGAACACAGAGGCAAAGAGUGUGGAGCUUGUUGCAAAAAGUUUACUGAAUGAUCUCAUUGGUAGAAGCUUGAUAAUGGUCAACAAGAAAAGGUCCAUCGAAGGAGUCAGAUCAUGUCACAUUCAUUAUAUGAUGUACGAUUUUUGUGCGAGAAAAGCUAUGGAAGAGAGGUUUAUGCAGCUAACAAGUACUGGGAACAAAGAUUUGACUAGUUCCUUUUAUGAGAACAGGAGGCUGUGUAUUAAUCAUAGCCUUUAUUGGGCGAGUGGAAUGUGCCAUGUCGGAAGGUUCAUUCUAGAGAUCAAAAGAGUUGAUUCACCUGAAGUUCUUAGGAAUCAAAGGCUAUGUGGAAUCUAUGACAUCAUGGAUAUCGAACCUUUCAAACCUAGAGGUAUUGCUCGUAAUAACAGUAGGAAGGUGUACAAUAUUGCCGGUGUCCAUCUGGAAUAUGCCAAGCUAGCAGCCUAUAUGAUCAAGAAGGCAACCAAACUGCGAAAGCUCAAGUGCCACUAUAAAGAACCUCUCAAACUCAAAUUAGAUGCUCUUCCACUUGAAUCACUCAAUGUGAAUGGUUGGAUCUUGAAGUUCAGCUUGCCCUUGAUGCUGACAAAACUAACUCUAUCAGAUAUUUCAUUACCGCAAAGUGAAACGUCUAAUAUCGGGAGCUUGCCAAAUUUAGUAGUUCUCAAAUGGAAUGCCUCCGAUGAGUCCUUGCCCAACCUCAAGCGGCUUUUGGUAGAAAGCGGCUUCCAUCUUCAAGAAAUCCCUUCUGCUAUUGGAGACAUUUUAACCCUAAAGAUGAUUGAAGUGAAACGAUGUG